ACGCCGUCCCCCAGCAUGCACCGCUUCUAGGAGAUCUUUGUGGUGUAUGGUUGCAGGUAAGAGCCAGCGUUGCUGACUGAACCAAGGACAUGAUGGAAAAAGAACAGUACAACUCUGUGAUCUUCAAUGCUUCUAAAAGGGAGAUGUUCAGUACGAACAAUGGUUACAAAUCCAUGCAGAAGAGACUAAGAGCACAAUGGAAAAUACAAAGUAUGAAGGAAGAGCUGUCGUUGGAAAGGUUGAAGGGCGUCAAGUUGUGGAUAACUGCAGGCCCAAGGGAGAAAUUCACAGCGUCAGAGAUGGAGGUGCUGAAGCAGUACCUGGAUGGAGGAGGAAAUAUCUUGGUCAUGCUCGGUGAAGGAGGAGAGAUGAAAUAUGACACUAACAUCAAUUUUCUCCUGGAGGAGUUUGGAAUAAUGGUCAACAAUGAUGCUGUUGUGAGGAAUGUGUAUUGCAAAUACUUCCAUCCCAAGGAGGCGCUUGUGUCCAAUGGCGUAUUGAACAGAGAGAUCAGCCGUGCUGCUGGUAAAGUGGUCACAGGAAUCAUUGAAGAUGAAAAUGUUGGAAACAAUUCACAGGCUCUCACAUUUGUUUAUCCAUAUGGUGCCACGCUGAGCGUCAUGAAGCCUGCUGCAGCUGUUCUUUCAACCGGCUCGGUCUGCUUUCCCCUCAACAGGCCCGUCCUGGCCUUCUACCAAGGCAAGGAAUCCGGCAAACUGGUUGUUUUGGGUUCCUGCCACAUGUUCAGUGACCAGUACAUAGACAAAGAGGAGAACAGUAAAAUCAUGGAUGUUGUGCUCCAGUGGCUCAUGACUGACACUAUUCAGCUGAACCAGAUUGAUGCAGAAGACCCAGAAAUCACAGAUUACACCAUGUUGCCAGAUACAGGCUGCUUGUCAGAACAGCUCAGAGUGUGCUUACAAGAGGGUGAUGAAAACCCCAGGGACUUCACGUCACUCUUCGAUAUGUCUUUGUUCAAUUUAUCAACUGACGCUUUACCCCAAGUCAUCAGUGCUUACAAGCAGCUGAAUGUCAAAGAUGAGCCACUUCAGCUGAUCACACCGCAGUUUGAAACCCUUCUGCCUCAGCUUCAACCUGCUGUCUUUCCGCCUGCUUUAAAUGAUUUGCCUCCACCAAUGCUGGACCUGUUCGAUCUAGACGAAACAUUUUCGUCUGAGAAAGUGCGACUAGCACAGCUCACCAAUAAAUGUACAGAUGAUGAUCUUGAGUUUUACGUGCGGAAAUGUGGCGAAAUUCUGGGGGUGACUCCCAAACUGGAUAAAGAGCAGAGAGACGGCAAAAACAUCUUGGAGCACAUUUUCUUCCAGGUUGUCGAGUUCAAGAAGCUCAAUCAGGAGCAUGAUAUCGACACAGAAGCACCAUUCGCUCCAUUGUGAUUGGAUUCCAGCAACACGUGGAAUGUUUCCAGCAUGCUGUACAGGGACUAACAGAUUUGUGUACAUAAUCAUGAAGGACAGAGGGCUGAAGGACAUGAUACUGUUGGAGUUAUGAAAAAAAAAAGUUAUAAUUUUCUAUUUUAUUGUAUUUGUAUUUUAUUGUAAGAAUAUACUAAAGCAAAUAAAGUUAUUCAUUCCUUUAUUAAAA